AUGGAGAAGCAACAGCCCGUCUUCACCAAGGUCGAGGCCGUGCGCCCGGGCACCAAGGGCCACAACCUGGUCGUCAAGGUGAUGGAAGCCACGGAGGUGGCCAACCGGCCGCGAGGCGCGGGUGGGAAGCCCAUGCCGAUGGCGGAGUGCCUGGUGGGGGACGACACGGGCUGCAUUGUGUUCACGGCCAGGGGCGCCCAAGUGGAGCUGGCCAAGGUGGGCAAGUACCUGAUCCUGCGCAACGCCAGGAUAGACAUGUUCAAGGGGUCGAUGAGGCUGGCCGUGAACCAAUGGGGGAAGGUGGAGGAGGGCGAGGGAGACUUCGAAGUCAAGAGCGAUAACAACCUGUCGCUGGUGGAGUACGAGCUGGUCACCCUGCCCAACCAGCCGGCCGCCUAG